AAUCUGGCUCUAUUUGGCGUUUGUGUUGAAGAAAAAACAUGUGAGCUGAAAGGAGAACAAGGGAAAUUAUCCAAAUCUGUGACUAUGUUUGGACAAGUUGUGAUUGGUCCGCCAGGAUCAGGGAAGACCACUUACUGUCUUGGCAUGUCCGAGUUCCUCACCUCUCUUGGUAGGGAGGUGGCAGUCAUCAAUUUAGACCCAGCCAAUGAGCACCUCCCUUAUAAAUGUGCUUUGGAUAUCGCAGACUUAGUGAAGUUAGAGGAUGUGAUGGAACUGUUAAAACUUGGACCAAAUGGUGGACUGGUAUACUGUAUGGAGUAUCUUGAAAAAAACAUUGACUGGCUCAAAAAGGAACUGGAGAAAAUUGGAAAUAAGUACUUAUUGUUUGAUCUACCGGGACAAGUAGAGUUGUAUACACACCAUAACUCUGUGAGAAGCAUUGUUACCCAACUACAGAAGUGGGACUACAGACUGGUGGCUGUCCACCUUGUUGAUUCACAUUACUGUAGUGAUGCUUCCAAGUUUAUCUCUGUGCUCUUAACCUCGCUGUCCACAAUGUUACAGUUAGAACUACCUCAUGUGAAUGUUUUAUCCAAGUGUGAUCUCAUAGAACAGUAUGGCAAGCUUUCAUUCAACCUGGACUUUUAUACAGAAGUGCUUGAUCUGUCAUAUUUGCUUGAGCAGUUCAAGGAAGAUGAACAAUUCCAAAAAUACAAGAAGUUGAAUUCAGCCCUGGUGGACAUCAUAGAGGAAUACAGCCUUGUUUCCUUCGUCACACUUAAUGUACAGGAAAAGGAGAGUAUGUUACGAGUGAUGAAGGUUGUGGACAAAGCCAAUGGAUAUCUGUUUGGUGACCUUGAGGAACGUGACCUUCAGUCCCUCAUGUCCUGUGCUGUUGGAGCCGAGUUUGAAUAUGAAAAGAUCAAAGACGUUCGUGAAAAAUACAUGGAUAUGUCGAGUGACCCUACAGAUGUGGUAGACGAAGAAAUGGCGCCCUUGUAGUCUACGUUACAUACCACACUUUUGACUGAAAAUGUCCUGUCAAUGGUUUAUUAUAAACUUUGACUGACACACCAUAUAUAUGAACUGGCUGGAAUAAAGACUUUCUAUGAUGUGUUUAAUUGUUUACAUAAACCAUCUACAAGAACCUAAUCUGCCAUAUAGAUGUAAAUGUUGUGUUUCAUUAUGAAAUUUGACAAUAGUAUCAUCUGCCAUCUAUAUGAACCGCCAUUAUUAGCCAUGUCUUGUGUACAAUGUAACAUAGGACAACUGAUAUUGUCUUUCUGUAUUUUUUCCUUAUCAAGUAUUACAGUCCUAGAGAGUUUUGAAAUUGAUCUAAAUGACCCUCAAACUUCUUCAUGUCAUCAGAUAACUCCUUUCAUCUCACAGUGUUAUUUAUACUUGUAUAGCCUGUCUUCAGCAAUACUCUACCAUGUCUACACCAAUGUUUCUGCUAUGUGAUAUAGGUAUAGAGUUACAAGGAAAUGUACUCCGAUAUCAAAAAAAAAGACUCAUGCUAGAAGAAGACAGAGAAAAGCAAUCUUUGGUAGAUCUGAGGCUAAGAAAUGUCCAGAUAUGUGUGUAGUUAGUAUUGUGGUUUGAAAGAAUCUCUGUAAUCGUUUUUAAUAAUAAUGAUGAUAUAAAAAGUCAUCGUUUUAACAGAU